UUUCCUUUCACUUUGAAUACUCGCUGAGAAUUUGAGAGAGAAACAAGAGAGAGAGAGAGAGAGAGACAGCAGCAGCAACCAGAGGACGGUGAAAUGAGGAAAUUCGAUCCAUGGCCUGUGUUCUUCAGAAGAGAGUGGAACCGUAAUUGGCCUUUCCUUGUCGGAUUUGCCAUUACUGGAACCAUCAUUACCAAGUUCUCACUUGGCCUCACGGAGGAGGACGCGAAGAACUCUCCCUUCGUGCAGAGGCACCACCGAAAAUCUGAAGUAUGCUGAUUUUUCAAUGUGGUAAUGACCGAUUGAUGAAAAUAUGAACCUGAGUGUCUGGUCAACUAAGAGGCCUACAUGUGGAGAUAGAUCUUUCAUUUUUGCUUCCUGUUGCUUUAAUAUCAGUUAUGAUGAUUGUGCUGAUUACAUAAAAUAUUUUAAACUUCCUCGGUGGAAUUUAGAAUUUGUGUAUCUGUUCUGAGAGGAUGGUACUUGAAAAGAAAUAAUGAGAACAUGUGGUGAAUUCACAGCAUUUUCUA